GAUUGCUCGUGCUCGUAUUCGUAGAUCCACCCAUCGCUCGCGCACACACGAACCCUACGGCGCCAGAGCAGCCACACGCCGCAUCUCUCCUCUCCUUCCUGCGCUGCUCUGACCCUCUUCUCUUCCUCUCUCUCACUCUCUCUCUCUCCCCUCGUCGCGAUUUAUUUCGCCGCAAAAAUUCCUGUCGUAAUAAAGGCCCCUCCGUCCACCGUCCACGUGGGCGGCGGCUGCGUCGGCGGCGUUGGCGGGCGCCGGAGAUGUGAGAGCCGCCGCGCCGUUGGAGAUGGCUGCGGCGGGGGCGGGGGCCGGGGCCGGGAGCGAGGGGAAGAAGCGGGGCGCGUCGCGGAGCUGGAUCCUGUUCGACGCGGCCGGGGAGGAGCGGGUGCUGGACGCCGACAAGUACGCCAUCAUGCACCGCGUCGACAUCAACGCGCGCGACCUCCGCAUCCUCGACCCGCUGCUCUCCUACCCUUCCACCAUCCUCGGGCGCGAGCGCGCCAUCGUCCUCAAUCUCGAGCAUAUAAAGGCGAUCAUCACUUCCGAGGAGGUUUUGCUUAGGGAUCCAUCUGAUGAGAAUGUAAUCCCUGUAGUAGAGGAGCUCCGGAGGCGCUUAGCACCAUCAAGUGCCACACAACAUGAUGGAAAGGAGAACUUAAGUGGCCAGCAUGAUGUGGAAGGGGCAGAAGAAGAUGAAUCUCCAUUUGAGUUCCGUGCACUGGAGGUUACUCUGGAAGCAAUCUGCAGUUUCCUUGAUGCACGCACUACUGAGCUUGAGACUGAUGCUUACCCAGCUUUGGAUGAAUUGACAUCCAAGAUCAGCAGCCGCAACUUGGAUAGGGUGCGAAAGUUAAAAAGUGGCAUGACAAGAUUGACAGCAAGGGUUCAGAAGGUGAGAGACGAGCUUGAACAGUUAUUGGAUGACGACGACGACAUGGCUGAUCUUUACUUGUCUAGAAAGUUGGCUGGGGCAUCUUCCCCUGUCAGUGGUUCUGGAGGACCAAAUUGGUUCCCUGCAUCCCCAACUAUUGGUUCAAAAAUAUCAAGAGCAAGCAGAGCCAGUGUUGCUACUGUACAUGGAAAUGAGAAUGAUGUGGAAGAGCUAGAGAUGUUGCUAGAGGCAUAUUUCAUGCAAAUUGAUGGCACUUUAAACAAAUUGACAACGCUGAGAGAGUACAUUGAUGACACAGAAGAUUAUAUCAAUAUCCAGCUUGAUAACCACCGUAAUCAGUUGAUUCAGCUAGAGUUAUUCUUGAGUUCUGGGACUGUCUGCCUGUCGCUGUACUCUUUGGUUGCUGGAGUCUUUGGUAUGAACAUACCGUACACCUGGAACGACAACCAUGGAUAUGUCUUUAAAUGGGUGGUUCUCGUAUCAGGGCUUUUUUGCGCCUUUAUGUUUGUCUCCAUUGUUGCUUAUGCGAGGCACAAGGGUCUCGUUGGAUCCUGAACAGCUGAAAUAACCGCAGCUUGCUUCCCUCAACUGUAAAUUGAGCUAGAGAGCAUCGACUUUGCGGGGCAAUUCAUCUCUUGUACCAAAUUCAUUAGUAUCAAAUUGGGGAUGUUGAAUAGGGUCAAUAAAUAGAAAGAAGUUAAUGCAAAAGAAAUAUAUGGUAAUUGUUAUCAAAGUCUGUUGUUAACCAGGUAGCUCUUUCUGAAACGAUUUCAUAACUACUGCACGGGUGCCUCUGCAUUCUCUCUCACUUUUAGUUUAGAAAUGCCUCGUGAGGGUUGGUUAGAUUUUUGUCACGUA